AUUGCUAUCAUGGUAAAAACAAUCGAAACCCCCGCUUUACUUCCAUAUCAAUGAAACCCAACACUAAUUGAUCUGAAGAUUGGAGGACAUUUACCGUUAGCUGUGUGUAGGUAAAUGUACUUCUAUCUCUUUCGAACUUAAUCCUCACCUUCGAUUCUUGCAUGAUAUUCCUUAUCUUCAAUUCUUCAUCAUUAACCCAUCUACACAGAGACUAGGGAUACUUGGACUGUCUCCUUCAUUACCCAAGUUCUCAGUCUGGUUUCAAGCUUCUAGUCAACAGGUGUCUUUCUAGAAGAAUUUGAAUGUUGUGUUUGUUUUCAAUUUCAAGUGCACGCGUGCUUGCAUUGCUUUCAUAUUUGGCGCACUCAUGAUUUUCAAUUUGAAUGUUGGGAUUGGUAAGGCUCUCAUCACUAGUGGUACAAGGAAUAUUUUUGGUUCAAGUUGUUGUACGUAAGUGGGGAAUAGAUUAAAGAAAAUGGUGGUGGAACUGAAGUCACUGACUUGGAUUACGUACAAAUUGAUCACAAAAUAAGAUUUGUCUUGGCUGGCUACUUAUAAAGGCAGAGGUCCGUUCAUGGGACAGAGCACUAAUCAUCAAAUAAUGGAGAGGCUAUUCAUGAUCAUAGUAAUAUGCUACCUCUGUGGUAGUAUAGUUGAACUCUCUAGUCAAGCUGUCGAGUCGCCUCAGUACAGUGUGGUGCAUUCAGAAUCAGACUUUGAGGUCAGACUCUACAGAGAAUCCUCAUGGAUGUCAGCUCAAGUCCGAGAAACAACUUCAUUCGAAAAAGCCACUAAAGAUGGCUUUCACAGGUUGUAUCAGUACAUUCAUGGUGAUAACCUUAACUCGUCCCAGAUUACCAUGACAGCUCCGGUGUUAACAAGCAUUGUCCCAUCUGUGCAUGGACCGGAAUACUACGUAAGGUUGUAUCUGCCUGCCAAAUAUGAAAGAACACCACCACAGCCUUUCACUGAACUGAAUUUGCAGUUUGAUAAGCGGAGAAGUCACUGCAUAGCAGCCAGAAAGUUUCCAGGGUUUGCCAAGGAUGAUGACAUUAAUGAGGAAUUUGAAACUCUUGUGAGUAGCCUAAAUAAGCACUUGAAUGGAAAACCAGGAAUCCUGAAGGAAAAGAGUUCUUAUACAAUAGCCCAGUACAAUGCUUCAUAUCAUGUUUCUGGGCGCUUAAAUGAAGUGUGGAUGGAUCUCUCAGGAUUUACUGCCGACUGCUGAGAGAUGCGUGUAAUAGGAGGAAUAAAGAUUAUAUAUAUCCUUGUGGAGUCAUGUAGUCUUGGUAUGAUCAAUUGACAUAUUGCUCAUUGCUUCAUGUAAGCUGAACCACCUCAUAAAUAAAAAUGGAUGCUCAUGUAGGUCUCUCACA